CUUUCUUCUAAGAAGUUACGUAUGUUUACAUUUAUGUUUACAUAUACUGUAUGUUCCAUACGGUGUAUUUCAAGAAAUAUUUCAACUUUCUUCUUAAAUAAGCUGGUCAAUUUUAUUUUCAUAAUAUUGUGACUUUAUACCCAUAAUAUUUUGACUUCAUUUCCAUAACAUAACAUUUCCCCCGACCUAACAUUAUAACUAUAAAUAAAACUUAUUUCUUCUUUCAUAUUUCAGCUUUAUGCUGCUAAAAUGGGAUUAUUUUUCCUAAUAUUUUGACAUUAUUCUUGUAAAAUUACAACUUUUUUCUCUUAAUAUUUAGACUUUAUCCUUGUAAAAAUGACUGCAGAUUUUGUCAUUAUUUGCUGGGUUUUUUUCUUGUUAUAUUUUUAGAACGUGCCGCGGGCCGCACUUUGGACACCCCUGCCCUCACAUGACCCCUGCCCUCACAUGACCGAGUCUCUCUGCAUGAAAGCAACACUGCUAAAUCUUCCAAAGCUUACAGGAAGUGCUGAGCGUUUCUUUUUCAGUUGCACUCACACGCACACGCUUCCAAGAGGCCGUCAGACUUAAGUGCCGCAGCAGGAGAAUGAUGCUUUGAGGCUGAUCGUUAUUUAGCCACUCGCCAUUGGUAGGCCACCACCACCACCACCACUAUUACUACUACCAUGAACUCGAGUGGACGUCCAUCAAAGUCUAGCCUGGAGAGGAACGCUCCGGAGCCUGCUCCAAGGAAGAAAAGUUCUCUGUGGCACCGACGUUCACUGAGGGCAAGCAACGACCAGCAGAGGCACCGACACACAGACUCGCUGCCCAGGACCGUUAAGCCGAAACACCUUCUGGUUGACUACUCAGAUCCACAAAGAAGCACAAUUGUCUUGGAAAAGGAAGACAAUGAAACAUUUGGGUUUGACGUUCAGACUCACGGCUUGCAGCUGAGGAGCAGCUCUGCAGUGGAAGUGUGCACGUUUGUGAGCAGGGUGGAGGACAACAGUGCUGCAGAAAGUGCUGGCCUGACCGCAGGAGAUGUUAUCAUCAGCAUCAAUGGGGCCAGCAUUGAAGGAUGCUCUCAUCAACACGUUCUCGAUCUGAUAAGAGCAUCAACCAACAGAUUAAAGAUGGAGACCGUAUGUGGGAGUGUGGUGACGUGGAUCGAGCUGGAGAAGAAGGUGAACAUGCUGAAGCAAUCAUUGAACGAGAAACUGGUGGAGCUGCAAGCGCUUACAUUACAGGAACAACGCCUUAUCCGAGGUCACUUGAAAGAAAACAGCCUCUCGACCGAUUCCUCAGAAGUUCCCAGCUCCCCCAGAGGCCACCGCAGCCUUCGCGUUUCUAGCAAUAGCAGCUACAGGAGCUUGAUGACGGACGACAGCGACCAGGGUAGCGUGUUUGGCGAUUUGAGCUCACCCGGUCCCUGCAGUGCAGCCAGCUCCACCAAAGAGGAGCGCUUCUUCUCACAAAGGUUUUCAUUAACCUCCGGCCAUUAUUUUUGUCAAACCGUCGGCCGUUCCAGCAGCUCCAGUUUAGCCAGCAGCAGCAGCAGCAGCAUUAGCUCCCAGUCUCCAACCUGGAAUGAAACGAGGAGCUCCACUUUGUUUGGUACCUUGCCCAGAAAAGGCAAGCGGACCAACGUUCGGAAAAACAUCCUCAAGUUGAUUCCUGGACUUCACCAGCGAUCAGUUGAAGAAGAGGAGACUUAAGGGAUAUUUACGCAACAUCUUUUUUCAACUGAAAACUCUGUGGGUGUUGGCCUUUUACUUGGCUUUCUCACAUCUAAAUGCUGAAAACCGGAGGACUUGUCGAGUCUGGGUAGUACGGCACAACCGCAACAACAAUGGCCGAAAACAGCGCUGCUGUUUGUUGUCUCAAAACUUUCACAGAAAAGCGUCCACACACUGCAUGCAAACUCACAGCUCAGGUUCUUCUUUACAAAGUGACAUCGCCAUCUGCUGGUCUGGCAUGCAUAUUACAGCGUUUUGUUUUGGCAGUGUUGAAAAGCAUCUUAUGCUGCAUUUUGAACUUACUUUUCCACACCAAGCACUUACAAUGUUAGUGGAUUUGUGGUGGCACAGAGCAUUACAAAAAAAGUGUUUUGAAUAUAAAUUGACAUGUGCACAUGUGUUCAGAUAGAAAAAAAAAAAGCUAAAACAAAUCCUGCUAGUGUAUGCAGUCUGAGGUUGUGUUCACAUAGCAAUCUGAAUGUUAUUUAUAACCAUAAACAGACGGCACGUUACACAUAGCUGCUUAGCUCAAAACAGGAUGCGGGUACAAGAGGUUGCCACUUCACUGUUUUCAUUUUCACAUAUGUUAACGAUGCACACGGGUUCCAUUGGAUGUUCUGUAAGUAAGCUCUCAGUGCUUAGUUUGAUAAAAGUGGCAAGAACAUUUCUAUUUUGCAAAAAAAAGAUGAAAAAAUACACCUUAAGUCAAUAAAACUGCUG